AUGGGCCGAUUCGGUUUCAAAAAGUCCGGGGACGACGACGAGGAUUCCGGCAACCGUCUGGCACUUUUCGGCUCCAGAUCGAAGAGCAAGAGCCCUGCGCCGCCUGCCAACCCCUACGCUAAGCCUAUCCCGACCGACCCUUACACCAAGGCCAAGAUGCAGGCGGGUGUGGCUCCUCUGCCAGCCGGAGAACAACCGCCCGCAGCUGGCCCCUCUGGUGCCCAUAACAUCCCCGGAGAUAACAAGUAUCAAGGGUAUGCGCCGAAUCGAUAUGGAAACCAAGGCGGUUAUGGAUCCGACCGCUUUGGUGGCGGGGGUGCUGCUGCCCCUGCCGCUUCUCGGUACGGCCCUGGCGGCUAUGGAGGACUAGGUAGCGCCGAUCCCAAUGACCCCGCGGCGGCGGAUGGCAACAGAGAUGCGCUUUUUGGAGGGGCUCGGGAUCGGGCACAACAACAACAGCAGCAGGCCGGUCCUCCCCCGCCUUACUCCGAGGGCGGAGCUGCCUAUGGCGGAGGCAGCAACGAGUACAACACCUCCACUUACCAGGAGCGUCACCUUACUGCUGAGGAGGAAGAGGAGGAAGAAAUCCAGACCAUCAAGCAGGACAUCCGGUUUAUCAAGCAGGGUGACGUCGCCUCAACUCGCAAUGCACUCCGUGUGGCUGCCCAGGCCGAAGAGACGGGUCGUGAGACACUUGCUCGUUUGGGUGCGCAGGGAGAGCGUAUCCAUGAUGCCGAGAAGAGUUUGGAUGUCGCUACAGUCGAGGGACGGAUCGCGGAGGAGAAGGCAAAGGAGUUGAAGACACUCAACAAGAGCAUGUUCGCUGUUCAUGUGUCCAACCCUUUCACCAGUUCCCGGCGCCGGCGAGAGCGUGAUGAGCGGAUUUUGAACACGCACCGCGCUGAGCGGGAAACUCGCGAGGGUACCGAGAAGGAGGCUUUCAAGACCAACCAACGGAUGGAACGCACAUUCAGGGAUAUCGACAAGGAGGCGGCCAAGCAGACCACACGUAACAGGACCAACAUCACUGAUCGUGCCAAGUACCAGUUCGAGGCGGACAGCGAGGAUGAGGCGAUGGAGAACGAGAUCGAACAGAAUCUGGAUCUGCUUGGAGGAGCUGCGAGCCGUCUGAAUGGCCUUGCUCGGGCGACAGGUCGCGAGCUGGACGAACAGAACCGUCAUUUGGAGCGUAUCACGGCCAAGAGCGACUUUGUCGACGACCAAAUCGCCAUGAACCGGGCCAAGCUGGACAGAAUUCAUUAA